CAACGGGGCCACAAGACGCAGGCCUGGCGGGCUGGAGGUGAGAUGGGGUGAGACUCCCAGGGACAGAGAGAGAUGGAGAGGCCGAGACCCAGGCAAGGAGGUAGAGACACACAGAGAGAUGGGGACACGGGACAGAGGUGGAGAGUCUGAGGUGCAGAGAUAGAGACAGCCAAGGAGACACGCUGCAGAGGCAGAGAAACAGGAGAGCGAAGUGAGGUUUGAGGGGCAAGAUGAAGACAGCAGGAGACGUCUGGAGAGACCCAGAGAGACCCCCAAAAGGAAAAGGGACAGAGACAGGCAUGCCAGAAAGAGGGGAGGCAGGCGGCAGAAAAGAGAGACACGAGGCAGGGUGACAGAGGUGGAGAAGCCCCAAGGGGCAGAGAUCCUCCGAGAGAUGCAGAUGCUGAGAUGACGAGGACUCAGCAGUGGGGACUGAGAGAGGGGGAGCCUUUCUCCAAGAGACAGGUUGGAACAUGGUGAGAGAGAACCAGAGGCAGAGAGACAGAGACCAAGAGAAAGAGGCAUCGAGACACCCAGUAGAGGGAGACAGAGAAAAAGAGGGAGCCCCUGGGAGAGAUGGAGAUGACGGGAAUGGAAUCCAGGGAUUCUUCUAUCCAUGGAGCUGUGAGGGAGAUGUGUGGGACCGGGAGAGCUGUGGGGGCCAGGCGGCAAUUGAGAACCCGAAUCUCUGUCUGCGUCUACGAUGCUGCUACCGCGACGGGGUCUGCUACCACCAGCGGCCGGAUGAAAACAUGCGGAGGAAGCACAUGUGGGCGCUUGGCUGGACAUGCGGAGGCCUCCUUUUCCUGAUCUCCAGCAUCUGCCUGUUCUGGUGGGCCAAGCGACGGGAUGUGCUGCGGCUGCCGUGGUUCCUGAAGGGCAAGUGCAACCUGUCAGGGACCGUCUCUCUGUUAUCCAAGGACCGGACACCAAGCGAAAAGAAGACGGCGUCCAUUGGCAGCAUGCUCACGGAGGGGGCCCUGGACGUCUCGGGGGGCACUGACGGGGAGGGCACGGAAGGGGGCGAAGAAACGGAAGCAGGGGAGGAGGAAGAGUAG